UAAGUAAUAAUAAAACAAGAAGAAGGACCUCCAUUCAUUACCUGUUACUUCCCCCACAGUGGUAGCUAUGUGAAAUUGUUAACGCUUACUGUUUCUGACACUCUACAGAGUGUUUGCCUACCCUUUUUCUUUAUUGUUACUAAACUUUCUUAUUGGUUUCAUUUAACACCUUUCUUCCUUGCUUCUGCACUCUUUAAUCCUCACUCUGAACUCCCAGCCAUUCGUUUGCCUCCAUUUAUUGUUUCCUUCCAGCUGUUUCUGCAGUUGGGUUGCUUCACUUGGCCUUUCGGGUCAAAGGUGGGUUUUGAACCAGGUUCUGAACAUUUAGGUUAUUUUGGGCAGAUGAAUGCGCUGCAUUUUUUAAGCUAAUAUUGGAUUGUUAGACCCAAUGAUGGAUAAGAAGAGAUGGCUGUGGAAGAGGAAGUCUUCUGAGAAGAGCCCUGGUGAAAAUGAAAGUUCAGGAUCUGUUUCUUCUCAUUCCGAGAGGUAUUCAGAUGAACAGGAUGCACUGAAGGAAUCUCCUAGUAGAAGCAGUCAUUCACCUGAUGUCACAUCAAAAGCUACUGUCUAUGCAGAAGCAGUUGACUAUAGUUCAUUUAUCAAUGAACAAUUGCCUGAAGAAGUCACCCCUAAAACUGUAUCAGCUACAGGCAUUUCAAGUGAUUGUUCAUCAGAGAAAGACGAAAAUGGAGAAAAUGAAAACAUAAAAGAUGUAAAGGAAGAUGUUCUAAAUGAUGGGUUGAGGAACAUGUCGGAGAAGCUAUCUGCUGCACUAGUGAAUGUCAAUGCCAAAGAAGACUUGGUUAAGCAGCAUGCCAAAGUUGCUGAAGAAGCUAUUGCAGGCUGGGAAAAGGCUGAAAAAGAAGUGGCAGUUUUGAAGAAGCAACUUGACACAGUCAUUCUCAGGAACUCAGUUUUGGAAGAUCGAGUCACUCAUUUAGAUGGAGCACUUAAGGAGUGUGUUAGGCAGCUAAGACAGACGAGAGAAGAGCAUGAAGACAGUAUUUGUGAUGCUGUUGCAAAAAAGACACAAGAAUUGGAAUCAGCCAAAAUUAAACUUGAGAGCAAACUCACAGAGCUUAAAAAACAAUUAGAUGAUUCAGAGACCAGGUCUUCAAUUGACUUUGAUAUGUAUAGAAAGGUAGAAUGUUUAGAGAAAGAGAACAUGACUCUCAAGCAUGAGAUUCUUGUUCAAUCAGAAGAGCUGGAAAUCAGGACAAUUGAGAGGGAUCUAAGCACUCAAGCUGCUGAGACAGCUAGCAAGCAGCAUUUGGAAAGCAUCAAGAAAGUAGCCAAGCUUGAAGCUGAAUGCCGGAGAUUGAGGAGUGUGGCUUCUAAAGCUUCCUUAGUUAAUGAUCAUAAAUCAAUUGUUCAGUCCUCAUUCAGUGUUGAAUCUCUAACAGAUAGUCAAUCAGACAGUGCAGAGCGGCAUACUGCAGUGGAAAUUGAAGCUCACAAGCUGAAUGGCUCAGAACCAAACAAGUUUGAGCCAAGUUGUUCUGACACGUGGGCGUCUGCACUAAUUGCUGAGCUUGAUCAGUUCAAGAAUGAAAAGUGCAAACAAACUCCAUCCUGUUCUGUUAAACUUGAUCUCAUGGACGAUUUUCUUGAAAUGGAACGACUUGUUGCAUUGCCUGAAACUAAGAAGGAAAGCUUGGUCCAAGAGUCAGUUGUUACCAAUCAAUCCAUAAACAAAGAAAGCUCUCUCAGCGUAGACUUUGAGAUCAUGAAUCAGCACAUGGAUGAGUUAAAAGAGAAAUUAGAGAAGGUGGAAACUGAUAAAGCUGAACUAGAGAUAGCUUUGAUGAAAAGUGAAGAAUGUAUUGAGGAGUCACAACUUCAGUUGAAGGAAGCAGGAGAGAAAUUGGAGGAGUUGCAGAGAGAGCUAGAAAAUGCCUACAACUCAAAGCAAAGGGUAGAAGAUCACCUACUGGACAUAGUGGCUGAGGCUCAAACAUUAUCUGUGAAGGUUGAAUUCUUAGAAUCUGAGGUUGAUAAGGAGAGGGCCGUCUCCAGUGAGAUUGCAAUGAAGUUUAGGGACUUGGAGGAAGAGUUAGAAAGAAAAUCUGCAGAGGUUGACACAUUAGAAGCAGAGCUUGAUAAGAAGAAGGUUGUGUCAAAUAAAAUUGCCAUGAAGUGUAAGGACCUGGAGAAAGAGCUAGAAAGUAAAUCCGACAAGAUUGACUUGUUAGAAGCAGAGGUUGAUAAGGAAAGGGAGGAGUCAUAUAAAAUUGCAAAAAAGUUGAAGGACAUGGAGGAAGUGCUAGACAGAAAAUCUGCAAAGAUUGAAGUAUUAGAAGAAGAAGUUGCUAAGGAGAGGGAUGUGUCUGAUAAAAUUACGAAAAAGUGUAAGGACCUAGAGGAAGUGCUAGAGAGAAAAUCUGAAAAGGUUGAGUUAUUAGAAGCAGAAGUUGAUAAAGAGAGGACUGUGUCAGAUAAAAUUUCAUUGAGGUGUAAGGACCUGGAGGAGAAGCUGGAAAGCAAAUCUGCAAAGGUUGAUUUGUUAGAAGAAGAAGUUCAUAAGGAGAGGACUGCUUCAAAAGAAAUUGCAAUGAAGUGUAGGAAAUUAGAGGAAGAAUUACUCAGGUCAACUGCUGGCUCAUAUGGAGAAAAGAAGAUUAAGCAGGAGGACCUAGCACUGGCAGCUGGAAAGCUUGCUGAGUGCCAGAAAACAAUAGCAUCAUUGGGAAAUCAGUUGAAAUCCCUGGCUACACUAGAAGAUUUCCUUAUUGACACUGCAAGCAUUCCUGCAAGUCCACUCAUUGCUCAGGCUGGUGGGGAGAUGUGGAAGUUGCAUUCCAAUGGCACAUUUUCACCCAAAAGAGAUUCCAUUUCUUCAAGGUUGGCUCAUGGUAGCUCUAGUCCACCCUUGAACAAAAAUGAGGAGACCUCACCACUUUCAUCAUCUUCAUCAACAUCGUCACCAGCUAUGCCAAAUCAUGUCAGUUCUGAGAGGAGUAGAAAUGGCUUUGCAAAAUUUUUCUCUAGAACCAAGAGUGGAAUCCGGCUAGAAAUUUAGUGAGGAUAUAGUGAAUUAACCUUGGCAGAAGUCAUUCUUUUCACUAGCUUUAAAACAGGCCUAUGUUGUCAUUCAAACAAAAGAUUUGACAACAUUCAAUUGACAUCUAUUGUAUCAUUUUUUUUACCAAUCCUGUGCAGGGUUUAUGUCUUCUGACAUUUGAUUAAAAAGAAUCAUUUUUUGCUAAGCCGAGUCAUAAGUUUGAAUAAAGAGUUCU